AUGACUCCAGAUUGCAAAAGUAAAAAAGAAACUAAUCCUAAAAAAGAAAUCUUUGAAGUUGAGAGUGAUAGUUGCAACGUGAGUAUUCAUUUGAAUAAUGAAGAACAAGGAUCAUACAGUGAUCAAACUUUUGAACAGCAAACAAUGGAUUUUUUAAACGGGUUUUCUGCUUUUUCUGCUCCAUUCGUUUUAAAUGAGCCUUCUACAUUCUUAAAUGAAUCUUCUACAUUUUUGGAUGAGUCAUCUGCAUCCUUAAAUGAACAUUCUACAUUUUUAGAUGA